UGCGUCGGGCUCCGCGAAGCGACGCGACCCAGUGCUGGGUUCGAUCGGUACCGAGCGCAUGCGUGCGUGGUUCCGCGGAAGACGUCUCGAGUUCUUUGGAAUCCUAUUAAUUGAAGGAAGUUUUUGAUAACUUUUUCCAUCAUGGAGAUGUUUAUAGAGAAUGUCCGCAGCUAUCCCUGCCUGUGGGAUAUGGACAACCCCGCGUACAAGGACUUCGAUGCCAUGGAGAAGGCUUGGGUUAAGGUGGCGGCAGCAGCGAAUUUCCCAGACGCGAAAUCUGCUCGGAUGAAGUGGAAAAAACUGCGCGACAAUUUCCGCGAGGCACUGAAAAGACAGAAAGAUUCGAGCAAAAGCAGCAGCUCUCGCGUUUGGAGGUACCAGAAGCAGAUGGAGUUCCUCAUCCCCUACAUGCAGAGCAAAGAUUUCACGCACAACGACAACGAAGCCCUGCUCGGGAUGAGUCCCUCCUCUUCGAACAAUAACAACAACAACCACGACAGUCUGUCCGUCUCGGUGUUCGACGAGGCCACGGGAAAUGCCCUCCUCAAGAGGUCUGCUGCUGAGGCCGUCUUGGACGACGAGUCGGGGUCCUCCGGCAGCAAGAAGAAGAUGCCAUAUCUGACAGAGGAAUUUCCCCACGGCAGUGACGACGUAGGAGAUUUCGGAGACUUAAACAGGAAUUUGGUCCAACCGGGAAAUCCACUGCUCGAUUUCUUCUGCAGCAUGUACAAUACGACGGAGCUUCUUCCGCGACAGUUACAGUUACAGGUCAAGAAAAAAAUUUUCGAAAUAGUCACUGAGGCGGAGGAAACGGCUAUUGUCCUACAACAGCAAGGCCAGGAAUACGACGUCCACCAGUUUCUGUGAAUUGAUGUAUGUAUGUAUGUGUCUUCUGUGUUCUUUGUUC